CUGUCAUUAAAAUGUCAGAAACGUCAAAGUCUAUCCAAUAUAUCAUAAACAUGUUGAAUUUGUUUUUAAAAGAAGUAUUUCCAUUUUAACGUAAUCGCAGACCUUGAAUAGGGUGCAGUGGUGUAAUUGGACGUGACAUUGAGUAUUAAAUGAGCUUCCAAAGUUUUGAACAAUUUAAGUAUUCUCGCGCGUCUAGGAUGUCAGUCAAUCAAAACAUUUCGAACAGUAAGGUUCAAUCAAAAGCAAAAAGAGGCUCUAUGAAUCGGCCACAAAGUGGUAUCCUCGAUGGAGACAUCUUCUAUGGUUUCCGUUCAGACAUAGAAAAUGAUUGCCCCCUUACCCCAGCUUACAAAACGAAGCUGUUUAAUUUGUUUAGACUCAUUGAGAAAGAGUUUGAUAUUUUAUAUCAAGAAAACCAGUCAUUACAAGAUAAAAUAGAAGUUUUAAAUGAAAAAAUUGAAAGGGACACGUUUGAUAAACCCGACUGUGUUGAUUUUGAAAACAACAUUUCUAAAGUUUUGUCAAAAAAAUUGAGUUCAUCCUCUCAAAAGUCUAAAACCGCCCAUAAACUGAAGGCUCAAACUAGCAAAAUCGUGUCCAGUUUUAAAGCACCACAAUAUAAUUGUGGCUUGUUGAAGAGCUACAUUGGACACAAGGACGGAGUUUGGGAAGUUUCUGUGGCCAGGCCAGGUGUUCCCGUCAUUGGCACAGCUUCUGCAGAUCAUAGUGCGUGCAUUUGGAGUAUAGAAACCACUCGUUGUCUACUCCAGUACCAAGGCCACACCGGAUCCGUUAAUUCAAUUAGAUUUCACCCUGCGAAAGAUCUGGUUUUGACCGGAAGUGGCGAUUGUUCCGCUCAUAUUUGGCAAGCGGCUUUAAACUGGGAUUUACCGAAGGGUCACUCUUCCGAGGAAGAAUUGGAAGGGGAGGAUCUUGACGAUAAAGUAGACUCAAAAAUUUCCACUCUUCGGACCCCAUUUAGGGAGCUGUUGGGGCACAGUGGAGCUGUUUCGGCGGCCGAGUGGAUAGUCGGGGCUGAUCAAGUGAUUACAGCCUCGUGGGACAGAUCUGCGAUUUUGCACGAUGUUGAAACGGGGACGUUAUUAAACACCCUUUCAGGCCACGAUCAGGAGUUGACCCACACGUCAACUCACCCCAGUCAAAGGUUAGCCGUGACUUCGUCAAGGGAUGCAACAUUCAGAUUAUGGGACUUUAGGGAGAGUCUCCACUCAGUUUCUGUUUUUCAAGGACACACAGAGAGUGUGACGUCAGCCGUGUUUACUCGGGAAGACAAGGUGGUUUCCGGUUCUGACGACCGGAGUGUGAAAAUCUGGGAUUUGAAAAAUAUGAGAUAUCCUGUGGCUACGAUUAGGGUAGAUUCGGCCGUUAAUAGGUUGAGCGUUUCAGCGAACGGAAUCAUUGCAAUUCCGCAUGAUAACAGGCACGUCAGGUUGUUCGAUUUGACUGGUCAGAGGUUGGCAAGACUGCCUCGAUCGAGUAGACUGGGGCAUAACAGAAUGGUGGCAAGUGCAGCUUGGAUCGACGAUGUCGGAGGUGUGAAUUUAUUCACGUCAGGGUUCGACAGGAGGGUCUUGGGUUGGAGUGUUAUUUCCUUAAAGGAUCAGUAAAGAUUAACUUUCCUCGUAUAUGUGAUAAGUAUUUAUUAUUUUGAAUAUAAAUAUUUUUUUAGAAUUUUUUUCUGAUUAUGUGAAAGACAUAGUAUCGUAGUUGAAUAAAGACAAUUGUUGUUGGUAUCUGAUCUUGUUUGGAGAAUUUUAAUUGUACUUCCAUCGGAAAUUUAAAAUUAUCGAAUUCUUUCAGUGGAGUUGGCUCAAAACUGUCAUAACAAUCACACUACGCUCAUGAUGUAAUAUUGUAUCAAAUUAUUAGGCACUAAAAGUUUCUAGUCACUGUCGAAUAUUUUAACCACUUCUUUAUCGAUCUUACAUCCAAAAAUGUCAAUUUUAUUGUUAAAAAUGGUGAUAAACUUCCCUUAGUUUACACUCCCUUUAAUGUAUAAUUGUUGUACCUUUUGAUUGUUGUAUUAGUUGACUCAGUAAUAAAACGAUAAAAUACA